GUCUGAAAGGCGAAAGAAUCAGCGCCCUGACUCUGGUUGUACCUACCUGAGAAUAGAAAUCUUAUCUAACUAAAAAAGUCUUGAGUAUAUUUGCAAGCGAGACUAUUAUUUUGUAAACAUUUUCUGUUAUUUAAUUCCAUUUUAUAAUGGAUAAACACAAUAGUUCGGAGAUUUUAAACUCGGACUAUUCUCUAUCUAAAAAUGCUAGUUCUGAUUCACUGGAUUCGGACUCCAAAUCAAGUUCAUUGAAUUCUAAACACGGACAGGACUCCCCUCACAUAGUGGGUGACAUUCAGUUCUUGGAUAGUGAAAAGCUAAAAAGAGUAGCACAAGAUGUUACCUAUCUUUGCCCCUUCAAUGGACCUAUUCGAGGUGUAUUGCAGAUUACCACCUACCAACUUCAUUUUAGACCCAUAGAGCCAUCAGCAUUACAUAGCACUUUAAGUGUCCCUCUUGGAGUUAUAUCUCGCAUUGAAAAGGUUGGAGGUGCAUCUUCAAAAGGAGAAAACUCAUAUGGAAUUGAAAUAUUCUGUAAGGACAUGCGUAACUUACGUUUUGCUCACAAGCAAGAAAAUCAUUCACGUCGUACAAUAUUCACCUAUCUACAGCAACAAGCCUUUCCACUAUCACACGGAUUGCGGCUUUUUGCAUUUAGUUACUCUGAAACAUUCCCUGAAGACGGCUGGCAUGUCUAUGAACCAAUUGCUGAGUUGAGAAGGAUGGGGGUAAACAACGACAUGUGGCGUAUCACACGCAUAAACGACAAGUACGAGGUCUGUGACAGUUACCCUGCCGUUUGGGCGGUACCCACAGCGGCGACCGACGACCUCCUGCGCUCCGUAGCUGCGUACCGUUCGAGGGGACGGAUACCAGUGCUCUCUUGGAUACAUCCGAGUUCCCAAGCAACUAUAACUCGCUGUAGUCAGCCUUUAGUUGGGGUGAGUGGCAAGCGAAGCAGGGAGGAUGAGCGCUACAUACAGCUCAUCAUGGAUGCCAACGCUCAAGGGAACAAACUUUACAUCAUGGACGCCAGACCCAGUGCCAAUGCGAUCGCCAACAAAGCCAAAGGCGGCGGAUACGAAUCAGAAGAUGCUUACCAGAAUGCUGAGUUGGUGUUCCUUGAUAUCCACAAUAUACACGUGAUGCGGGAGAGUUUGCGCAAAUUAAAGGAGCUUUGUUUCCCCCAAAUCGACCAAACUAGGUGGUUCAGUGGCAUAGAAGCCAGUUGUUGGCUGAAACACAUCAAAUGUAUCCUAGCUGGUGCUGUACGCAUUGUCGAUAAGGUAGAGAACCACAAGACAUCAGUAUUGGUUCACUGCUCGGACGGUUGGGACCGCACCGCACAGCUGACGGCCUUGGCCAUGCUGAUGCUGGACCCCUUCUACCGGACGCUGAGGGGAUUCGAAGUACUCAUCGAGAAGGAGUGGCUCUCGUUUGGACAUAAAUUCCAGUUGCGUAUCGGCCACGGAGACGAGCGCCACUCGGACGCCGAUCGCUCACCGGUUUUCGUCCAAUGGGUGGACUGCGUGUGGCAACUCCAGCAGCAGUUCCCGACCGCCUUCGAGUUUACUGAGAGACUGCUUAUCACUAUUGUUGACCAUCUGUACUCGUGUCGCUUCGGCACCUUCCUUUUUAACACCGAGCGCGAGAGAGUCAAGGAAGAAGUUAAAACGAAGACUGUGUCUCUGUGGUCGUACAUCAACAGUCAACAAGACCUGUAUUUGAACCCUCUAUAUUGGGGUCCGGCCUCGUUUGGCCCCACUUCCCCUACCGUGCCAUAUUCGAGGCCGCAAGUGGUACUUGUACCUGUCGCAUCGUUACGCGUCAUAAAGCUGUGGAAAGCCUUGUAUUGCAGAUGGAAUCCGACUAUGAGACAACAGGAUCCCAUAUACCAGAGGACCCGCGAAUUGGUCGCGUUGCGGGCGCAGCUGGAGGCGGCAGCGGCGGCCGCGGCGGGCGACCACGCGGCCCGCCACCGCCUCGGCCUCACGCCGCCCCGCGUCGCCAGUCCGCACCACGUGUGAGACCGAUAAUCAACGUGCAAAAUGGCUGCUGGAAACUGGAACCCAGUUGUGAGGUCAUACGUUUAUUACUAAUAUUCUAUGAACUUAAAAUCGUAUUACAAAUUGUACUUCCGUCUAUUUUAAAUAAUUUAGUUGAAAGUUUAAUGUUGUUCAUAAUUAUAUAUGAAUAUGCCGUAUGUUCGUAUUGUAAGUUAUUAUUAUUGACCACAGGAAAAUAAUCUAUAGGAAGUAUAUCUAGAAAAUAGAAAAAUAUCCUGAUUUUAGUUGACUUGUUUACGAUUUUCGCAUUACAAUGAGGAAUAUGUGUUAUUCCAAGUUUUGGAAAUGGAGAAUAUUUAUUAAACAAAAAAUCACUAUUUUAAUUUCAUGCAUACUCCCUUUUAAUGUAGGCAUCUCAGAUUUCAUUAGACUUAAUUUUUACUCCAUUGAAAUAAGAAAUUUAGGGUAUGUUUAUUAUAAUUUCUUUGGCUUGCCGAAUAUAUCUUUGUAGGAAUUAUUUAAAUGUGUAUUACAUUAUUUUAAAACUUAAUUAUGUUAUUAUCGUUCAUAUUCUAAACUUUUAAUAGAUAUAAGAGAUGAAGUCUGUACGUAGGUAAAUAUUGCAUUUAUUUAAGUUUAUAAUUAUAAUAUACAUAUUGUACAUAAAUGUUUAUUAUAUUUA